AUGGGCGCCCAGCAGUCCUCGGAUCGCCACGAGGAACAAUCUGGUGGUGGCCUUGCGGUAGCUAAGAUAUGCUAUUAUGAACUCCUCGGAGUCGAUCGUGAAGCUACCGACGAAGAGAUUAAGAAGAGUUAUCGAAGGAAAGCGCUCGAGCUCCACCCGGAUCGAAACUACGACGAUGUCGAAAAUGCCACCCGUCGCUUCGCCGAGAUCCAAUCUGCCUAUGAGGUUCUAUCCGACCCUCAGGAGAGGGCUUGGUACGAUUCGCACAGAGAGGCCAUAUUGCGAGGCGCGGAGGCCGAUGAUUACGACCACCCCCCCGAGUUCAACAAUGUACGCCUGACGUCUACGGAGGAUAUCCUUUCGCUCAUCCGCCGCUUCAACUCGACGGUGCCGUUCACCGAUGAUCCCAUGGGAUUUUAUGGUAUACUAAACGAAACAUUCGCUCAUUUGGCGGAUGAGGAAGACGCUGUCAGGGAUUCCAACUCUGUUCAUAGGGUUGACUAUCCCUCGUUCGGUGAAUCGAGCGAUGAGUAUGAGCCCAAUGUUAAGGCAUUCUACGCAAAUUGGGCGGGCUUCUCUACUGUAAAAACGUUCGCUUGGAAGGAUAAAUACCGACUUUCCGAUGCCCCAGAUCGCCGCGUGCGGCGGGCUAUGGAGAAGGAGAAUAAAAAGAUGCGCGACGAUGCUAUCAAGGAGUUCAACGAUGCGGUCAGGUUUCUCGUCACAUUUGCCCGAAAGCGCGACCCCCGCUAUCUCCCGAACUCGCAAACUGAUGCCGAACGCCAGUCGGCGCUGCGAAAUGCUGCUGCUGCACAAGCAGCGCGGUCUCGGGCCGCGAACAUGGAGAAGUUGGCGGAUGAUCAUUUGGUGCCCGAAUGGGCCCAGUCUCGACAAGAUGAUGCCGAUGCGGGUAGCUUUACCCAGAGCGAAGAGGAGUCCGAAGUUGAGCACAUAGAGUGCGUCGUCUGGGACGGCGGCGACCAAAUGGUUCACUCUGGGGAUGAGGAGGUGAGGUCUGUCGACGGGCUCGACGUACACGAUGUGCAGACGCACUUACACGUGGCUGGAGGCGGGGAGUCCAAGACAGCAGUAUUGUCCACAGAUGGUGACUAUGUCGACAACGUAUCGAAUACUGACGACGACGACGGUGACGAUGACGACGAUGACGAGUACGCAUCUCGUGCUGUCGUUGAGGGAAGAAUUGCGGGCGUCGGAGACACUAAAGAUGGGCUGGAUGGCAACUACAUACUAAACACAGACAAAGGUAGUGGUUUUAGUGUGGAUGAAAGGAAUCACCUCGACAUACCUGCCAAGAAACCAGGCAAGGCGAAAGCCAAGCGGGAGAAAAAGGCGGCACGUGAGGCCGCUGCACAACUUGAAGAGCCACAACAUCUUUGCGGUGUGUGCCAUGAGACAUUUCCAUCCAAAACAAAACUGUCAAGCCACAUACGUGAUGAAGAUCAUGCCGCGCCGAAAACCACAGGCAUACCCAACACGAAGACGCGGAAAAAGAAGCGAUGA